AUGUCGAGUCCAGAAAAGAAUUCCGAGGCUUGGAAGGCCCAAGACAAAGGCCCAGGCAUCAUUGCAGUUUGCUGGAUCUUUACCGCUCUGAGCUCAAUUUUCGUUCUUGGCAGAGUAAUUGUUCGGUGGAAGAUUAUGAGGAAAUUCCACAGCGAUGACUAUUUUGUGAUUGCUGGGCUGGUUUGUGGUUACAUCUCCACUUCGCUCUCGACACUUGCAGUCCACUCUGGUAUUGGCAAACACCUCGAGCUGCUUACUUUGGAGCAACAACAAGAUGGCGUGCUAUGGACAACUGCUGCCCAAUGCCCCGGCAUCAUGUCUUUCGGCCUUCCAAAGCUGGCUGUAGUUUCGCUCUUGACGCGAUUAUUGAAUCCUGGCGUAUACCACAAGUGGUUCUUGUGGUGGAUGGGGAUAUGGUGUCAAUUGACGCUUUUUGUGACUGUUGGGCUUCUGAUAGGACGAUGUACACCGGCAAGCUCAUUAUGGGAUUUUUCCAUCAAGGGCACGUGCUUGAGUCCGGACAUUCUCAUCAACUUCUCUCUAUAUGCUGGCACAUUUUCAGCAUUUGUUGAUGUCUAUCUCGCCAUGUACCCGGCCAUCGUCCUGUUCCGUCUUCAGAUGGCAUUCAAGAAGAAGGUUGUAUUAUCAUGUGCUCUUGGUAUUGGGGCUAUCUCUGGUGCUGUGGCUAUAUACAAGACAACGCGCCUUCCGUUGCACGCGAGCGAGGACUAUUCUUACGAAACACCUGAUUUGGUAGUCUGGACCGUGAUUGAAGGCAGUACCAUCAUUAUUGCAAGCUCAAUCCCUGUGUUGCAUCCACUCCUGGAGCUGAUCCUCAAACGCAAUCCAUUCACGUCUGCAAGAGGAUCGAAGCUCACGGUCAAAUCCUCUGAUCACACGGAGUCAUCACCGAGUAAUAAUCGACCCUCCCGCGGAGGCGGGAAGCACGACUACGAGCUGGGCCAACGGAAACCGAAAGCAAGGCCAAGAGAUGAUCUGGGAUUCACCAUCAUUGAAGGCGAUAGCCAAGAGAACAUCAUGUGCGGAGAGGGGACAUCACGAACGCAAACGGCUGCGUCAAAUGCCAGUCAAUCAAGUCAGCUCGAGGAGGGAAAGAUUGUACGGACGGAUGAGGUGACUAUUUCUUACGACGAGAAAUCACAUGCUGGAGAAACUUCGGCUUCAGAUCGAUGGAGACCUGUGUAG